AGCGACGGCGACAAAAACAGAGCGGCGCUUCCAAGUCACCUCUCAAAAAUUGUCGUAACUGAACCUAAUUUUUGCCUUACGGAGGGUCCAUUCUGUCCAAAUUCAUAUUAACCUCACAUUUGGUUCACGUAAACUAACUAGUUAGUUUGUUCUAAUUAGCGCCAGAAAUUUUAUUUAACAGUAUAUGAUAUCAAAACAAAGCUCACAGAAGCCAGUCAGCUAGCUUAGCUCCAGCAGAGAUUUCUGACGUAGCUUUUAGUUUCCAAGGUGCAACUUUAGUUAAAGACUAGUUCCAGAAAAAGGCGAAACAUGUCGGAUGAUUAUGAAUUAAGCGACGACCCGAACAUGAUGAGAAUGGAGGAGGAUGGGGAGGCGAACAGUGACGACCCGAUGUCAGCGGCGGGGGACUGUGGCCUUAUGGGGGGGGAGGCCGAAGGAUCAAGGAUCGACGCCAGUAAAAACGAGGAGGAUGAAGGGAAGAUGUUUGUUGGAGGCCUCAGCUGGGACACGACUAAGAAGGACCUGAAAGAUUACUUUUCAAAGUUUGGGGAAGUCGUAGACUGCACGUUAAAGCUGGACCCCAUGACUGGACGGUCACGGGGUUUUGGCUUUGUGCUCUUCAAAGAACCUGAAAGUGUUGAUAAGGUUGCCUCACAGAAGGAACAUAAACUCAAUGGGAAGGUCAUUGACCCCAAAAAAGCAAAGGCCAUGAAGAGCAAGGAGCCCGUAAAGAAGAUCUUUGUUGGGGGUCUCUCUCCAGACACCCCUGAAGAGAAAGUCAGAGAGUAUUUUGGUGCCUUUGGAGAGGUGGAGUCUGUUGAACUUCCCAUGGAGAACAAAACAAACAAAAGGAGAGGUUUCUGCUUCAUCACAUUCAAAGAGGAGGAGCCAGUAAAGAAGAUCAUGGAGAAAAAGUACCACAAUAUUGGACUAAGCAAGUGUGAAAUAAAGGUGGCGAUGUCUAAGGAGCAGUACCAGCAGCAGCAGUAUUGGGGCGGCAGAGGAGGAUACUCAUCCAGGUCUCGGGGAAGAGGUGGCCCCAAUCAAAAUUGGAACCAAGGUUAUGGCAACUACUGGAAUCAAGGCUACGGAAAUUAUGGCAACUAUGGUUACAGUAAUCAAGGCUAUGGAGGAUAUGGUGGUUAUGAUUACUCUGGUUACAACAACUAUUAUGGCUAUGGUGACUACAACAGUGAGUAUCAAUCUGGUGGUUAUGGCAAGUCGCCACGGCGUGGUGGUCACACCAACAGUUACAAGCCGUAUUAAUAGGGGAAACCCUCCUCUUCAAGUAGCGGAGCUUCCUUGCAGGCCAUGAGCUGACUCCCAGAUACUCUCAGGGCCCGCUCAAUGCGGACCGGGUAUGAGAAGCAUACGCUCUCGAAUGCUGCCAUUUGGUAUGGUCUUCCAACAUCCUGUAUCAGCAUUUCUAAACUAAACAAUAUGGGACACGUCCAGCUUUGUCAUCUUUCUUUCCAUUUUAAUUUCUUUGCAAUUGUUUGUAAUGUAAAACGUAAAAUAUACACAUGUAAUUGUCAUUUUUUACAGGCCCUUACUCCCCCACAAGUAAUAAUUAUAAAUCUGAAAAAAUAACUUUGUUUUUUAAAGGAUACAUACAGCUUUCUCUGGACUUUCCAGUUCCUAAUGUAAAUAUAUAUGCAUCCCUAAUCUUAAUUAAAAUGCUUGUUUCUUUAUUUAGCUCUUGUAGCCAGUAGUCCAUGAGCUAAAACCUGGUUCGUAUUUGGACUCUACUGUGUUGGGGGAUAAAGUGCUUUAAUUUGUGUACAUGUAUUGUUCUGUUUUGUGUUACUCACAGCGAUGGAAAAGGCUCCUCUUUUUGUUAAUUUUCCUGUAACAAAUUUUCCUCUUAUAACCUUUAGUAAAAUGAGAAGAAUCAAAGUGUCACUACAUCUCCAGAAAUUUGCAUGUAAUGCUUUCUUUAAUGUGUAUUUUUGACCAAUCUGAACGUUUCUUCCAUUUAGUAUUUUUGGCUUUGACUUCUUCAAUUUAUUGCACUUCAAGAUCUCUAGCUUAACUUUCUAACUUUUUAUGUAAAAUGUUAAAAUAAUCGGUUUGGGUUUUUUUUCUUAUUUAUUUUUUUUUAAAUUACAUUGGACAUUAUAAACACAGGGGAUUCCUGUUGUUUUACAAUUUGACCCUUUUUUGUUUGUCUAUAGCUGAUUUGUUCUUGUUUGUUUUUCAUAGGUUUCAGAGUGAUGAAAGUCUGCCGUGCGCUGGUGGAGCGUUGGCCAGAGAGAUGAUGGUAUCCAGCAAAGAGUACUUAGUUAGUUGUAAGAAAGUACAAUGAGGAGCAUCAUGACCUACAGUACAUUUUUCUCUAUACCUACUGAGUAUUUCAUUGUUUUGCAUUUCUUUAGAUUGCUGCAAUUUGAGCAGUUUGUUUUCCUCAUCCCUCAUUUUUUGUACUUAAUGUUUAAAUGCUAACUUGUGAAUUGCUUCAUAUAUUCCAUAACUGAAAUGUAACAUUGGUUGGAAAAAAUCACACACACACAAACAGUACUGUGGUAGCAACGAUACAAAAUGCGUUAUUACAAUUUAUUAUCUUUAUCAUAGUCAUCAGUCAUAUAUUAAAUAUGUUAUUACAGAGUUUGACAGUCAUAAACAUACUAUAUAUAUAUAUAUACACAGUGUAUUGGACAUGAAGAAAUGCAACAAAUAAAAAUAAACACUCAUUUGAA